CUUGAAUAUAGUUAUUUGCUCUCUUACAAAUAAUAAUAGCAUAUUGUUUUCAAAUAGAUUAACAGAGUAUGAUUCAAUAAAGUGUCAGAUAAUAGAGUGAACAGAAAUAGAAGGCUUGAGAAAAUUGACCCAUUGUAUGAUUUGCAAAAUAAGAAUGGAAGCUGAUCCUUCUGGUUCCGUUGCUUUAUCCAAUUUUUGUUUUCCCUGAAAUUGGGAUGCAGUGAAUGAAAUUAGUUGCACCAUCUCAUGUCAAGUUGCAGCAAGAGAUGCUUAGUACUAUUGGAGAAAUGCAAGAACAUGAAGCAUCUCAAGCAGGCUCAUGCACAGGUAUUCACCACUGGUCUUCAUACCAACACCUUUGCCCUAAGCAGGCUUUUGGCUUUCUGCUCCCAUCCUCAUCAGGGAAGCCUCAUCUAUGCAUGCAGACUCUUUCAACUCAUUCAUCACCCCACUCUUUGCUUAUAUAACACUCUCAUCAAAACUUUCCUCCUCAAAGCCAAGUUCUAUGCCUCCCUUCAUGUCUUCACCAAGAUGCUGCAAAGUGGUCUGUGCCCAGACAACUACACCAUCCCUUAUGUAUUGAAGGCCUGUGCAGCCCUUCAUAGUUGUUCUUUGGGACAAAUGGUUCAUGGGUAUAGUUCAAAAUCGGGUCUUGUGUAUGAUAUUUUUGUGGGUAAUAGUUUGAUGGCAAUGUAUUCUGUGUGUGGGGAUGUUGUAGCUGCACGGUACGUGUUUGAUGAAAUUCCUAGGUUGAGUGCAGUGUCUUGGAGUGUGAUGAUCUCGGGGUAUGCAAAAGUGGGUGAUGUGGAUUCAGCUAGGUUGUUCUUUGAUGAAGCACCUGAGAAGGAUAGGGGAAUUUGGGGUGCCAUGAUUUCUGGGUAUGUGCAAAAUAGUUGCUUCAAGGAAGGACUUUAUUUAUUUCGUUUGUUGCAGUUGACUGAAGUGGUGCCUGAUGAAUCUAUAUGUGUGAGCAUUCUUUCUGCUUGUGCUCAUUUGGGAGCUUUGGAUAUUGGCAUUUGGAUUCAUAGAUACCUGAAACGAGCAGCGUUGCCAUUGAGCACUCGUUUAAGUACUAGUUUGUUAGACAUGUAUGCCAAAUGUGGAAAUUUGGAGUUGGCUAAAAGAUUGUUCGAUUUGAUGCCGGAGAGAGACAUUGUGUGUUGGAAUGCCAUGAUUUCUGGCAUGGCUAUGCACGGAGAUGGAGCAAGUGCACUCAAGCUGUUUUCAGAUAUGGAAAAGGCUGGUAUAAAGCCGGAUGACAUAACAUUCAUUGCAGUUUUCACUGCUUGUAGUUAUUCAGGAAUGGCACAUGAAGGUUUGCAGUUGCUACAUAAGAUGUGUAGUGAGUACAAAAUCGAGCCCAAGAGUGAACAUUAUAGUUGUCUAGUUGACUUGUUAAGCAGAGCCGGGCUUUUUGAAGAAGCUAUGGUUAUGAUAAGAAGAAUUAGCAGCUCAGGGAAUGUCUCAGAAGAGACAUUGGCUUGGAGAGCCUUUCUGAGUGCAUGCUGCAACCAUGGACAAGCCCAACUAGCCGAACGUGUAGCCGAAAGACUCUUACGGUUACAGAAUCAUAGUGGGGUCUAUGUUUUGCUUUCUAAUGUAUAUUCAGCAUCUGGGAAGCACAGUGACGCGAGAAGGGUGAGGGAGAUGAUGAGAAAUAAAAGGGUGGACAAGGUACCAGGUAGUAGCUCUGUGGAGAUUGGUGGGGUUGUGAGUGAGUUCAUUGCUGGCGAAGAAACGCAUCCAAUGACGAAAGAAAUACACUCAGUUUUGGAGAAAAUACAUCUCCAGUUAGAUUAGAAUCAUUAGAUUAUAAAUUAUAUAAGUUCGACCAUUUCCUUUA